UUGAAGCACAUCGUCACGUGAAACAGUCACGUGGUUUGAGCACAUAGACUCUUGAGUCGACUGGUGCGGCUUUUGCUUACCGAUCUUGCCCCAAGUAUGCCUGAUGUUGAUGAUGUCUCCUCACCUUCACAACAAACCUCAAUACCAACUUCACCUUUAAUGUCGCCGUCUGAUGAUCGUGAAGGCUUCCUUUGUUUAAGUCCCACGAACAAGGAUCCACGACCAUCCGCUAGCUCAGCACAGACCUCCAAGAUAAAUGCGACUAACAGUGCUAAUUCAACAGAAAUCAGCAUUCAUGCAGCACCUCGACGGAGACGCUCUUCUAAUGCCUCCAGCAAGCUAGCGGCUGUGCCUGGGAAUCCAUUGAGACAGCAUGGUUCCGAUUCCUUGGCACCUAAUUAUCGAGAAACUGGGCGUGGAGUUGCAAAUGCAGUCAAUUCCCAACAAUACUCAAUGAUGCAAUAUCGGCAAACCAAAGAAAGAUCUCAAUCAUGCCACGAAGAAGAAAAUAGAAAGGUAUCGGUCAAGCAAAUAGAUGCUCAGUCGGACAAACAUAAUAAGGUAGACCGUACAAGGCACCGCCAGUCCACAGUUCAAAAGGCGACGACCGCCUUUAGUUUGAAGGUGAAACAGUACUUCUACCAAAUACACUCGGGAUGCAACAACUCAGACUGCUACAAUAGACUCUGUGCAAAUGGCAGCCAUAGAGGUCUCAAGCUUAACCCUGAAGGUGCAUUAGUCCUAGCCAUCCACUUUGCUUCCAAGCCACACAGCAAGUUGUGCCAAGCAAUAACGCAGCUGCCAGAUACCACCAUACUGCACUACUUUGAUACCCGUUUGCAGAGGUCGCAGAAAAAAUCGAACGAACCGCAAUCCUUUUUGUCAGAGCUGUUUACAUCAACGUCAUCAUUUUCUCCCAUCAUACACUCCAGUACCAGUGAAUCACCUGCCCAAAAAGACGCACAGAUUCCUGAAGCGCAUUCCGCUAAUGAUGAUGAAGAAGAUGACUCAAAACUGCCUGACUCUUUUAGAAAGACGGCCAUAGUCAACAUGGAACGACCAUUUGGAGCUGCUCUGUACGAUGCACCAUUUCCUGAGAGUAACAUCCAAAACAUUCCUAGCCAAGUUAGACAAUUUUGGGGGAAUGUAUCUGCUGGUGUGCUUAGUGCCAUUGGCGGCAACAGACGGUUCAUAGUUCCACAUAAUAAUGAAAGCCCUUUGAAUGAAUUGGAAUACUAUGAAGAGCGCAACAACUGGUUGAAGCGAUCUCGACGUAGCAGUAAAUACGAAAAGAAAUAUGGCCAACGAAACAGCAAGCCACAUACUCGAAAUGAUGACAUUCAUAUGGAUGAUGUUGCGAAAGCUAACUUGCAAACUUCUCAAGAACUUGACAGUGUGAAGGAAGUUGACGUAUCUACGGAUGCACAUUCUCAUGUCUUUAUUGAUAUGAAACAUUUCAAGAGUUAUUUCGAUAAGAUGAGUUCAUCGGAACCUGACGACCAAUUCAGAUACUUAUCCAAUCUUAUCAAGCUCACUUUUGAACAUUGGGACGGCCUCGGCAACAGCUUCCUUUUGGGACAUGAAGUAGAAGAUCAGCAACACCCGAGCAUCAACAAGGCAGCUUUGAACGACCUGUUUGAUCUUUUAGUAACGGCCAAUAACAAGAACGCCGACUUGCUUCUUAAAGUCGCCUCCGAGAGUUUGGAAAUGCUCCUCACCAGAAUGAUUCUCAAUUGCGACGAUGUCUGUCAAUACCAAGCUACGUCUGAUUCAUCCAAAGUUAUGGACGAACCAGACGAUUAUUUCUUUUCUCGGAAUGCGGUCGAUUGGUGCCGUUCUGUUGCAUCUUGCAUGCAAUGGUAUAUAAUACAGAAGAAACACUCAUCCGCAGCUUCGGUGUCUGCGGAAUCAUGUCCUGACAAAACGGAUGUAGACGAGAGCAAAGCAGACGGAAGUGGAAGCAUCGGUGCAGCGCAUAACCUCAAGGCAAACAUCGCUGUCGGUGAAGAUAUACUCAUUCAAAAGCUGAUUACCAUAUUAUGUAAGAUAUCCAGUCAUAAAACGUCCGACAUGCGUGCGUUGUUAACGAGCACACUGCAUUGCUUUGAUGCGGAGGAUAUGUCAGCAUUUGUCAAAUUGUGCCAUGUGUUUAUGGAAGAUCAUUACCAUUCCAGCCCUUACAAGCUUGACGAAGAUGACCACGUUAUACGCACUACCAAAGCUCUUGAAUUACUAUACGACUCAAAUUGUCUGGAUCCAAACCAGCCCAUUGUCCCAGUCACGACAUUUUAUAAUGAUGCUUUCAACCGCAUCUUGGACGUUAAGGACGAAUAUCGUAUUUGGAAGCGGGUUCAGUUGGUGGGAGAAGGGCGACAUUCGGCGUCAUAUAUUGUCAAGCUCAUGGGGGCUGGCAAAACCAACACGUAUUUGAAUUUGAAUGAAAACCAGCGUCGUACUCGACUCUUCUUAACGACAUCGUCAACAUCAAUGCUGUUGCCUUUCCCCCUUAUGCACGAAUACCAAUUCUCCAUAUUCAGUUACUCAUUUCUCCUGCCCCCAUCGCUCAAACGAAAAAUCUUGCAUAUAGAUGCGAUGGCUCAAAUGUCAUCAGAGUAUGAAGAUGCAUGCGUCAAUCAUACUUUGGUCGCCCAUGCUCAAAGACUGCUUUCCGAUUCUCCCAAGAUGGUUCGUAACUUGGAAACCAGCUUACGCAGUGCCACAUGUCCGUAUUUGCUAUUGGAGAUCACUAGAGAGCACCUUAUUGAUGAUACCUGGCAACAAAUAUCACGGCGUUGGGCCGAUCUUAAGAAGCCUCUCAAGGUUCGAUUCAUAGGCGGUGGUGAAGAAGGCAUGGAUCAAGGCGGCGUACAAAAGGAGUUUUUCGGAGUUCUGAUGGAACAAUUAAUUCACUCUCCAUCUGGCCUGUUCGAAGUUGACCAAGAAACGAGAUCCAGCUGGGUCAGUUCCAAUGCAGGCGUCUACAACGAGUCCACUCGAUCUUUGGAAAUUGAUGCAGAGACACGUCGAUCAUUUGAAAUGUUUGGUGUGCUGAUGGGCCUGGCAAUCUACAAUGGAGUCGUACUUGGUUUACAAUUUCCAAAAAUCUUUUGGAAAAUGCUUACGUGCCCGAAUCCUUCUACGCUUGAUGACGACAAUGCACUGUUCAGCUUAAACGACCUUGAAGAAGGAUGGCCUAGCCUUGGAAAGGGUUUACGCCAGCUACUCGAUUGGGAACAGGAUGAUGUCGAAGACAUCUUUUGUCGCAGUUACGAAAUAUCAUACUCCACUCUUGGUAACGCUGUAGUUACUAUUCCUCUUGUUGCCGACGGUGAAAACGUACCUGUGACCAAUGAAAACCGCAAGGAAUUUGUAGAUGACUAUUGUCGGCACUUCAUGUACAGUUGGAUCCGUGAACCUAUGCUUGCUAUCCGACGAGGCGUUUGGAGUGUCAUUGGUGGAUCAGCUGUUGCUAUGUGUACUGCGGAUGAAGUCGAAGUGAUUGCUUGUGGACAGCGAGAUGGUCCUGAAGGAUUGGACCUUGACAUGCAUGAGCUUGAGAGCGCGGCUGAAUACGAUGAUGGCUACGAUUCCAAUCACGUUGUCAUCAGAAACUUUUGGUCCAUUGUUCACGAGUUGUCACCCCAACAAAAGCGACAUUUGCUACUAUUUGUCACCGCAAGCGAUAGAAUACCAGUUGGUGGACUAAAAGAGCUUAUGUUUGUCAUACAACGGAACGGACCUGACAGUGAUCGAUUACCUACUGCUCUUACCUGCUUUAGCCGACUUCUUCUCCCAGAAUACUCUAGCCGAGAAAAGCUAAAGAACCGGCUAAUCGUUUCUAUAGAAAACGCAAAGGGAUUUGGUCUCGUUUAAGUUCCAUGAUAACACUCACCAUUUGCCAGAUCAACCUACCCACCCGCAUUCCCUUACUUUGUUUAUUACAUGUAUUCUUGUAUUUUUGUUUUCCAUAACGUUUUCGUUGCUUUCCCACUACUGUUCUCAUACCCCCUCCUCUAUCUUUUCGUAUUGCCUCACCCUUUCGUAGACAUUUGAGCAUCAUCAUGUAUAUUCCUGUUUUGUAAGUGAUAAAUCAAACAAUCGCAUUUGGCGGUCUUCCAUGCAAUUCAA